UUUAUUGAUAGUCAGGUAACUUGGUAACUUGACAUCACUUUUUAUCAAAUGAAGUGGAUAUUUGUGCAGUUUUUUGAACAUCAAGAUUUGAAAUGAUGGACAAAUAUUUAAUACUCCUGAUGACACUUCAUUUGUCAUUAGCCAUGAACUGUGAUGUCCCCUACACCGACCCCGAUGAUCUAGCAUUGAAAUUUUCAGAAGACAUAGCCCACUAUCAGUUUGACGAAGCUGAAGAGGACAUGAAUUUAUUAGAUCAAGAAGUUAGACACAGUUCAAUCGAAAAGUUGUUGGACAACGAUCAAAGUAAUUUUCAUACGAUACUAAGCUUCGCUAAUUAUAUCCAAGACUUGUCUCAGAGUGUGGACAUGUUGGCCUUCCUAUACAGGAAGCAAGAUACAUCUGAAUCUUGUAUGUAUAAAGUAAAUAUGAGACAGAUCAUUCGUAGUUUACUAAAAAUAACUUCCCAAUCCGAGGUACCUCAGGAAGUUAAAGACAAAGCGACUGGUUUACUAGAUGAAUGCAAAAAGUCUUUGUUGGAGGAAGAGACGAAGAGCGUCUUAGAAGCUGUCAAAAACAAAAGAUUUGAUAAAAAACUUAGUGAAAUCAUUAGUGAUGUAUGGGCUUUCGACAAAAGUGAAUUUAGCAGCUUAGUACAAGCAUUUUCAAGUAGUUUAACCACUGACUUUGAGUACUUCAUACACGAGUUCCUGGACAUGUUAGCCACGUUUGAUCAGAAGAUUGCAGCCUUGAAGGUGAUCUGUGACGAUUUGAAAGCAAAGGAAAAACCAUCCUCUCUUGUAAUUUACCUCAUUAAACGAGUGGAUGAGAUGUCAAAGGAUGCUUCGCUUAAAGAAGACUUCAUAAAUGAUCUUGUACACAUAAAUAACACGUUUCCAGACUCCCUCAAAACCGCCCUGUUUGCACCGAGAGUUUGCAUCGACAGUGUGUAUUAUAAAGAGUAUUUGUAUCCAAUGAGAAGGCAGUUAUUGAAAGACACCAGACAUGUUUUCACUUGGGGGCCAGCAUCUCCACUAGGUAUACCACCCAACACCCAAAACUUCUGGGAAAUAUCCCUCAACGACGACGAAGAAAAUACUUUCAGCAUUAAAUCGUUUGAGUACCAAGAAUAUAUGCGUGUGAGUAACGAUGUUGUGCAGUCCAGAAGGGACGUGUACACCUCCUCCGUUAUAGACGACAAGGAUACAAUCAGAUGGUACUUAGUACCGAUACCCGACAACGAUAACGUUUUCAUUAGGCACUUCAAUGGUGAAUACUUUUAUCCUGGAGACAACAGACUUAAACGCGACAAGAACAGGCGACACGUCUUUACGUGGGAGAACAAGGGGUACCAUCCUUUAGAAGGCGUCUGGAAGAUUCUCCCAUGCUAAGCUUGAUGUUCAAUAAAUUGUCUAGGGGUGA